AUGGAGACCGCGGAGCUGGACGAUGCGGACGAAGAUGAAGAUGAUAAUGAUGAUGGGGCAGAAGCUCUGAUGAGCAAGCGCCGUUGGUUCUUCUCAGAUGAUGCACUUGAUCCACUCAGCGGGCAACAAUGGUCGGUUGAUCUGAAUGGAUCCACGAAUAGAAAGGAACAUCGUAAGGGCAAGUCAAAUUCAGGCUCUGUCCCACGCGUAUUAAAUAGCCACGGCGUAGAGGGGCUCGAGGUACAAUGGAAUCUGGAGUUACUGGUAACUAUUAAUUCGUACUACUUCAGUGCUCAAGCUGAGAAGAGUAUUAUCUCUUCACAACCCAGGGAACAGUUGAGAGAUCAAGUCCUCAGUCCCGGAAGACAACUAUCGAUGAUAAAAGACACUGGUCGAGGGCUCCUAAUCAAUAGGGUGUACAUGUGGGUCUAUUCAAAAGAGAUAGCUUUACUUUCUAUUCCAAGUCCACAACACAAGAUUGUCGGAUCCUCUGAACUCAAACCUAACGUUACAGAGAGGGAAGAUUUGAAGGAAACACUUAACGCCCCAUUCACGUUGAGAUGCAGAUUUGACACUGCCCACGUUCGUACAAAGCAAUGCUCUUCAACUUGA